CUCAUUUUCAAUACCGUACCUUGCAACAACAUUCAUAAAUGGUAAGUAUUUGUAACCCUAAAUCAAGUGGACCGAAAUGAAGAAAAGAAACCAAAGUCGCAGAGGGAGUAAGCGCACAGAGAAGAAAAAGGAUCCACUACCUUACCUGUCUCAUGAAUUAAUAGUUCAAAUUCUAGAGAGGUUACCGGUGAAGUCUCUUAUACGUUUCAAAUGCGUUUGUAAGUCUUGGUUUUCUCUUAUCUCUGAUCCUUACUUCGCAAAUUCACAUUUUCAAAUUACCGCCGCAACACACACUCGUAGAAUUUUGUGCAUAGGUCAUCUACCUCAUUCUAUAGAUUUAGCAGCAUCGCUUGAUGAUUAUUCUACUUCUGCUUCACUCAAUGUUGAUUUUCUACAUCCACAAAAUCAUUCUGAUUUUGAAAUUAAAGGUUCAUGUAGAGGCUUUGUACUUUUGAACUAUUAUUCAAUCCUCUAUCUAUGGAAUCCAUCCACCGGAUUUCACAGAAAAGUACCUUUGUCCCCUAUUGGUUUGAAAUUAGACGCUGAAUAUUUCUAUAGUUUCGGGUAUGACCAAUUAAAAGAUGAUUACUUGGUGGUUUUAAUGUCCUAUGAUCCCGCCUUAGAUAAUAUUUAUUCGUGUUUGGAGUUUUUCUCGUUGAGAGAUAAUGUGUGGAAGGAAAUGGACUGCCCUUAUUGCCCUUAUAGGAGUAAUUUUGAUGAGAUGCCCAAAGCAGGGUGUCUCUAUAAUGGGGCUAUUCAUUGGUUGGCUUUUCAUCGUGAUUUUCCUUGGCGUGAUAACUUUAUUGUUGCAUUUGAUUUAAACGAAAGGAAACUGUUUGAGAUGCCUCCUCCAGAUGAUUUUGAACAUGAUGCUGGUGAUUGUGGUUUGUGGGUCUUUGGCGAAUUUUUUAGUCUUUGGUCUACGGAUUAUCCUAAUGAUAGCUUUGAAAUAUGGGUGAUGAAAGAAUACAAAGUGAACUCUUCUUGGACAAAGAUUCUUGUUCUUAAUAUUGAUGAUGAUCCAACUCUGUACUUUUACCCUUUGUGCCGUACAAAGAGUGGUGAUAUUAUUGGAAUAAAUGUUGGUGUUGAAUUGGUGAAGUAUGAUGACAAUGGGCAGUUGUUAGAGCGUUCCCCCCAUUGGGAGAGUUUAUGGGGUGUUAGAUCCCAAGUGGCUAUGUAUACAGAGUCUCUGCUUUCACUCCCUGGUGAUAAUGAGCAGGCUUAAGAGGACGACGCAAACAAGAAUGAGGUUUUCAGUUAUUCUCCUUCACCAUUUUAUUGAUAUUUAUAAAAUUAUAUUGUAUUAUGUACUGUUGGAUGACUGCAUUUGUAGGGUCGUAUCGUAUGACUUUGCUUGCAUUUCUGCAUUUGUGGGUAAUAUGUGUUUGAUUGAAUUUGUAGUAUGAUUCAGUAUGCCGCAUGAGCUUAUGCAAUAUGUUAUGAAAAUGUUGACAACUUUAAUUGUCUGUGUGAUUCAACGUUAUUUGUGAAUGUGUAAUUGGAUAUGUUUUGGUCGCUG